AUGCAAGUGAAACUCAUGUCUGCCCUUCUGUGCCUUGUGGCCACCAUGUAUGCAGGAUGCCCCUUAGGAUUUCAUAAACACAGAAGGUCCUGCUACUGGUUGUCAAACGUGAAAAGUUCGUUUCCAGAAGCAGUUGCCUACUGUCUUUACUUGGAGAGCCACCUUGCAACAAUAUCAAACAGAGAUGAAGAUUCGUUCCUGAAGGGAUAUGCUCUACGUCAUGGCAGAGCUCAGAGAUACCGGCUUGGUGCCACAGAUCUGAACUUAGAGGGGAGAUGGAUGUGGGAAGGACAACGUCGCAUGUAUUACAGGCACUGGUCUCCAGGAAAUCCUAGUAAUUCGGGUGGUCAAGAACAUUGUCUGGAGCUGGAGAACAAACAUGGAAAAUAUGUUUGGAAUGAUAACAGAUGUGACGGUCCAUUACAUUUUAUUUGUGAAAAGGAACUAAAAUGAUUGUUCACACAUCAACAGAUUGCAUUA